AUGAGGUGGCUUUUGUCUUCGAUACCUAGAUCAAACAUGACCAAGUUUAUCUCGUUCUCCCCCAUCUUCACCCUAUGCCAGGGGUUGUACAGCCGACCUCCCGAGUUCUUUGCCGACUGGGCAGCUACAUUCAGGAUUGGCAUGUUGCGAUUCACCUCAACCAACUUCCACUCGUUUGUAGACCUAUCCAAGACUUCGAGAAAGGGCUCUUCAUAGAACGUGAGAGUGAGGAAACCGUCAUCGGUGUGGCCGUCCAUUAGAGGUGUCCCGGCACGUGCCUUUGAGAUGCCCAAUGUUAGAUGACUUUGGCCGGGUCUGGUGGCGUCCUGCAAACUGGCCGGGAAUCGUUCAUCCAUCGAGCUUGCCAAAGUCAUGCCAAUCUCGCGGAGUAUCUUGUCGAUGAACGAAGAGACAUUUUUGACCUUGUCUGCCACCAGCUGAAGUGCCUCGGGAAGUUGAGACCGGUCCCCUGCCAUUUGCUCCUUGCGACCAAGGUGAAUCUUUUCGACACCAAUGGGGGAAGUGUAAAAUCUAAGAAAAGAGCCUGGAUUAGCGAUGAGUAGAAAAGAAGAAUUUCGACCUGUACCUACCCGUUGUAUCGAAUGCCCGUGUGAUAUUUGGACUUCUCCUCCUGCGGCUGUUCAAAAAAGGCUCGCUGAUGCUGUAUCACGGUUUGCAGGUCUUUCAGGAAUUGCUUUGCCGUGGAUCCCUGGAGGUCCAAGAACAGCAUUCCCUGGUCAGACAAGGCCUGGGCUAGCUUCCUCACCUCGGCGUUGUCGUUGCUCCUGAGCUGCUCGUAUCUAACAACCUCAAGCUCGAGGGUCUUGGUUGAGGAAGUGGGUGUAUCAAUGGC